GCUCCUGCUGCUGCUUCAGAGCUGUGCCAGCUACCUGGAGAACCUCGGCUCGGAGCAGACGAUGCCGCCGGCCCAGGCCAUGGGGCCCUGCAUGUCUGUGGGCCUCACCGUGCGAUGCUUCUGGAAUAGCCUCCUGAGGGUGGGCGUGCUCUACCGGCAGGCAGCUCCCCAGAAAAGGACAAACCAGGGGGAGAUCUCCACCUCCAAGCCCACGGCCAAGGGCGAGCCAGCCAGGAGCCCUGCAUUUGUGACUGCCAAGUUCAUCAAGCCUCCUUCCCCAAUGCCAGGCUUGUCCCAGAACUGCCAAGAGUCGGACCCCCUCCCUGCCAGAGUCUCCCUGCAGCGUCCAGCCAGAACUGCCGAGAACACCAGGAGUGUCCACUCCCAGACGGUUGAGACGGCCCUGGUUCCCUGUGACGCCUGCACCAGCGUCCAGAGCAGCCUGCAGGAGGUGGGCAAGGUGAUCAUCAGCCUGUGCCAGAGCCAGAAUCUGCCCUCCUCCUUAGGCCAGUUCCAGCAGCUGGUGCAGGACAGCAUGGGGCUCAGGCCAUUGCCAGCCGCCACCGUGGGCCGCUGGGUGACAGAGCAAAGCAAAGACCUGAUGCGCCUCAGUAAGCACGUGGGGUCCCUCACUCAGCUUGUUGGGCCUCUCAGGGCCCAGCUGGAGGAGGCCGAGGGGCAGAAGGAUGGACUGAGGGUGCAAGUGGGCCAGCUGGAGCAGGCACUGCAGCAGGAGCAGGGGGAGCGGCAGCGGCAGGCGGAGGAGGCUGAGCGGCACCUGGCUGAGCGGGAGUGUGACAAGCAGCAGUUGCUGGCAGAAACCACUGACUUAAAGGCGAAGGUGGUCGUCCUGGAGGGGGAGCUGAAUCAAAAGCAGGCGUCCACGCAGGUCCUAGAGGCAAAGACCCAGCAGCUUCAGGAGGAAGCUGAGCUCCGGGCGGUGGCGGAGAGGCAGGUGCAGCAGCUGGAGGGACAGGUGCAGCUGCUGGCAGGGCGGCUGGAUGAGGCCAGCCAGCAGAUCCGCUGGGCCAGCACAGAGCUGGACAAGGAGAAAGCCCGUGUUGACAGCAUGGUCCGCCACCAGGAGUCCCUGCAGGCCAAACAGAGAGCCCUGUUGCAGCAGCUGGACAGCUUGGACCAGGAGCGCGAGGAGCUGCGGGGCAGCCUCCACGAGGCCGGGGCCCAGCAGGCCCACGUGGAGGAGCAGCUGCGGCACCUGCAGGACGAGAGGGAGCAGGGGCGGUGCCAGCUCCAGGCCCAGCAGGAGCUGCUGCAGAGCCUGCAGUGGGAGAAGCAAGGCCUGGAGCGGGCAACAGUGGGCCUGCAGCUGACCAUCUCGGAGCUGGAACGGGAGCUCCUGGAGCAGAAGGAGCGGGAGCGACUGCUGGUGGCCUUCCCGGACCUGCACGGGCCGCUCGAGGCCCAGAUCCAAAGCUCUGGCAACGUCACAGAUGACAUGGAGAGGCAGAUGCAGGCCAACAGCAUCCGCAUCCGGGUCUUGCAGGAGGAGAAUGGGCGGCUCCAGGCCAUGUUGUCCAGAAUCCGGGAGGUAGCCCAGCAAGGGGGCCUCAAGCUCAUUCCCCAGGACCAGCUCUGGUCCCCACUCACCAAGGGAAUCCCAGGGACGGCACCUCCAGCCCAAGCCCGGAAAGCCUCCCCAGGGCCCCUGGGCAGGCGGCCUCUGCCAGGCAGCAGAACAGGCAGUGCCAGCAGGACCCCGUCAGCCCAGGCCCGAACAUCCCUGCCUCAGCAGCCCGGCAGCCAGCCCAGCAGCCAGCCCAGCAAGACCUCCCUAGAGGAUGUGCCCCACUCAGCCAUCUGCUCCCAGAACCCCAUCCGAGCCUUGGCCAGGCUGAGGAAGAGACUGUCACCAUGCCGGGGCCAGGCCAGCUCUGCACAGCGGUCCCAGGAGAGGCCCAUGUAG